GGCACAGAACAAAGAUAACAUUUUUUUAAAUUAAGGUCAAAUAGGCUUAAUCUUUAGACUUCAAUAUUUGACAGACGUUUAUAUUUCGAUGGAGCAGAUGGCGACCUUUACGUUCUUUCUGAUAUUAGCAACCUUGGUUACCAGGGUGCCGGCACCAGGGAACACCAGGAUGUGCCGAAACUGCCUUCAUCUCGUCAAAGGCCCAUCUGAAUGCACGGAGAUACAUCACUGCCCAGCGUUUUGUAUAACCGAAGUGUAUCAUCUACACGGUGAAAACUGGUUCAGAUACGGUUGUGGAGGAGGUACGUUUUCUUCGGAACAAGAAUGUGAAAACUGGGAAUAUCACCAUCACCACCAACACGGACCCGAGCACGGACCCGCGCCCGGACCGGUGCACGAACAUCAGUGGGGUCGCCCUUUGUGCAGAAGAUGUCAUAAUCACUGGAGCUCUCAACAAGAUUCAUGCUCUCAGUACUUCCUGACAACAACACAUAAACCCGUGACUCAUGCUCCAACAACAGUUGGACAGCCAAAGUCUGCUUCAAAGGCAGCAAAAACUACCCCGAUUAUAACAACACCGACAAAAAUAACAACAACACCAACGACAACUAUUCCUGAUGCAUCUGCAACAACAAAUCAAAAUUUUGUGGUCACUGUUCCCACGACGCAGACGACAUCGCAACCUUGCAUGGACUUAGAUGACGUCACAUUUACCUGCGCAGAUAUGACACGUUACGGAUAUUGUAAUCCUGCCGCUGGUGCUGGCUACGCCCUCGCACAAAAACGAUGUCGGAAAACAUGCGAAUUUUGUCCAUAGGAAACAACGACGGCGGCAAGGAAAGCCAGAAAUUUUUAACUUGAUUUGUAUUAGAUUAUGAAUAAAAUUACAAAUAUCAUUUUAGUAAA